AUGAAUGGGACCUUAUUUAACCAGACACUAGCAGAACAAGGUGUGUAUGUCAACCGAUCCCAAGACCUCAGCACACUGAUUGGCUGCUGCAAUGGGACGGGGAUCGUGGUGGCCAGUGACGGGGGUGCAUCGGUCCUGCUCCCGGACGAAAGGAGCCUCUUUAUCAACCGUGUGGUCCAGAUUGCAGUUCUCUGCGUGCUCUCGUUGACUGUGGUCUUUGGCGUCUUCUUUUUGGGAUGUAAUCUGCUCAUUAAAUCCGAGAGCAUGAUCAACUUCUUGGUCAAAGACCGGCGGCCGUCCAAAGAUGUUGGCAUCGCAAUCAUGGGUCUGUAUUGAGAAGCGA